CACACCGACGCGGCUCUGGAGCCUCUCCAAGGCCAGCAGCAGGUUUACUGAGACGCCACCCUGCUGGGGAAUGCACCUGCCCGGGCGAGAGGUGAGGGCUUGCAGCCUAUCGCUGGUGCUGCCCGCGCCGCACCAGGAAGGGGAGCGGGCAGCAGCACCUGCUCCUUGGCAAGCGGCUGCCGGAGGAAGGGAAGAGAUUCUCCCGGUGAGCUCCCUCGUUAGCUCGAUCCAGUGGAAGGAAAGCCAGGAAAAGCCACUGCUGGCAGCCAGGAGCAGGGGACAGUGCUGCGCUGCCGUGUGCGGGCAGCAUCUGCCGCAGCAAAUCCUGCCAGACCCUCCCAGUCUCCAAUGAUGCUCACAAAGUCCACAUAGCUGCAUAAACACCUCCCAAGGCUGGAAGUCCUGCAGGAGCCUCUCCCACCCUGGCUUCCCCUCCUGAACACUUCGGGAUGAAAGACACAGGAAAGGAAGGACGCGGCCCUGGUUGUUCCCUUAUGGUGCUGCUCCAGGGAUGCUCCACCACAUCCUGCAGCCCUGUCUGGGGGGUGGGCUCAGCCCCAGCACAUGGACCAUAGCUCUCCAGGUGGCACUGCUGCAGAAGGGAGCUCCAAAGAAUGAGACAGAGACAUCCCUGCUUGAGAAAUGCAGCUGCCUUCGCAACCGCUGAGGUCUGGACCCUUCUCUUCACUGUAAGGGUUUAGAUCUGUACAACCACCCCACCGUGUCCCCCCCACCCAGCCACGCACCAUGCCAGAGCUGGCAGAGCUGAGCAGCCCCCGCACCCCUGCGGAUGCAGACCACAUCCAGAGGAAUAUCCUGGAGGAGCAUGUGGAGCUCUGGUGGUUCCAGGACCCCAAGAAGUCCAUCCUGUGCUACGGGGUGGCCGUGGCGCUGAUCCUGUCCUGCGGAAUCGGGGGCAUCAUCCUGCUGUACAGCACCAGCAGCCGGUCCGGGGAGUGGCGGCUGGCCGUGGGCACCACGCUGUGCCUCCUUGCCCUGCUCGUGCUGCUGAAGCAGCUGCUGAGCUCUGCAAUCCAGGACAUGAACUGCAUCCGCAGCCGGGAUCAGAUCGAGCUCCUCAAGAGCGGCGGCUUCUCAGACUGCCUGGUGCUGCUGCUCAGCGCCCUGGUGCUGCUGGUCUGCGGGGUGGUGCUCACCAUCCUCUCCACCACGAGCAUGCAGCUCAGCUCCACGCGGCCGCUGGCCAGCAUGUUCACCAGUGGGGUUGUCCUCCUGACUGCUGGCAGCACCAUCCUCCUCUGCCUGCUGCUCUACCUGCUCUGCACGUCCUGCCGCCAGGCCGCUCCUCGCAGCCUGGAGACCGGCGAGAUCCGCGUGUUCACCAUCUCCGGCCGCCUCGCUCCAAACAGGCGGCUUCCUCCCACCUCCAGCAUGGCCAACCUGAUCUGACUCAGGACAGCUGUGUGUGAGCCUCUGGAUACAACCCGUCAGCAGGGUUGGUGCUGGCUUUUCCUCGAAGGAAAGGGGAGUGCUGCCAUGUACCUCACACUUCUCUUAGAGAUGACUGGCAUUUGCUUUGCCCCAGGCUGAUGGCACGGCAGGGACAUGGGGCACCUGGACAGGCUCUGACCUGGCACAUGAGGAGCUCUGCACUGGCCUGGUUGGUGUUGUACCUCCACAAAGCAUCCUGCAACAGCUGCUGCCUGCCCAGCUGUGGUGCCUGUCACAGCAUUAAGGUGAGCCUGUCCCAUACCCAUGGGGACUCUGGUACUUGCUUGGUUCCUGCAGCUCCUGGAGCUGUUGUGUGCUGUCCUGGCAGGGGAGGCUGUGAUUGAGGGUUGCAGGAAACUACCCUGUGCUUUGUGCAGAGCUACCAGCUACCGAGCGAAGCAGAUCCUGUAGCAAGUGAUAAAUGGCAGGAAACACCCUGCAUGUCAGCAGGCAUGCAGUGCCAAUGAAGGGAGGUUGGUGGGAGGUAGGGCUGCAGGGGCUGCUCCUGAGAAAGCACCUGUGUGUUUGUCAGAGCGAGUGUGGGAUUUGCAUGGAAUUCCAUGUGCCAGAGCCCCAGCAUGGCUGGACCUCACAUGAAAUGCUGUUUGUGUUUGCAGUGCUGGGAUCUGUUCCAAUAUUACGUGUCUGCAGCCCACCACCUUCUGUGCUUUAUCAAAGAGGUGAUCAACAGGUGCUGCAGUCAGGGCCCUGAUGUGUUAUCAGUGCUGCUCUGUGUUGGGGCUCUGCUAUCAAUGCCAGCAUGCAAGGUUCAGUCACUGGGGAUGAUGGUGGGAUGCUCAAAUUCCAAGGCUGGGCUGAUGCUUUGCCAGAGCAGUGCAAGGAGGGAAUGUUGUUACCCUCAGAGAGGAGUUUCCCAAGCAGAGGCACCCCUGCUGCUGUGGGAACACUGCAGCUCAUCCCAGUCCCUGUGCAUUUCGAUGCUGCUUCUGUCUCUCAAGUGCUGGUGCAGCUGCAGGGCGAAAGAGUUCUUCUGGUACCACUUGGCCUUUACCUGCAGCUUUUCUGGUGUUUUAUCUCUACAAGGUGUCUAUCAGAGAGGUGUCUUUCCCAGAGGCAGACUAACAGCUCACCCCUGGGAGCUCUUCCUGUGACUUUAGGCUAAUUUACCUGUCAAAAUUCUCACUUCCUCCAAAGACCCACAAACCAUUUCACUGCCCUUCCCAUAGACACAGAUGGUAACCUCCUAGGGAAGCUGCUCCUGCAAACCCUUCUCCUUCCUCUUCCUCUCUGCUCCCAUCUCCCCCUCACUUGAGCUGUUCUGCCCCUGCCAUUAUUUUUGCUCAUUAUUUGCAAAGUUCCCUCUGUAAUGGAACAGGACUGAGCUAUUAUUUUUUGGUGCCUAAGUACCAAAUGUAUUUGGCAGAGGACGGUAGCUCAUUCCCUUGGUAACAUGAAUCACUGUCCAUACUACAGCUACACUGGAAGCAGUGUCAGAGUUCAGCAUCAGUGAACCUCACCAGUUAUGCACUGGACAAUGAAGGCUUCAUCCUUCCACAGCUCUGGACCACACCAUCCCUGAUGCACUUGAUCACAUGAGGGCUCUCAAAGUAUAGGAGCAGCAUUUGGGCUUUUCUUUCUAAACCUGUUAUUUACACAUUUUCCUCUGCCACUUUCACAUCAUCCAUAGAUUUUAUUCAGCUGCUGUUUCCUUCUCUCUCUGAAUCUUUUCUCUUAAUCUGCCCAAGAUUUCUGAGGGUGUGACUAAGCUCAGGUCCAUCUAUGCUAAGUCCUUGGCAAAGCAAAUAACCAUCUUACCCCUCUGGGCUGUUUGACCCUGGGUCCAGUAGAGACCCCUGUGCAUACACAGGGAGGAACAGGCCAGAGCUGGACAGUUUUGUGCCAUCACCAUUGCUGCUGUUCUGCACAUCUGCAUCAGUGCAUGUGCAGUUACCCCACCUCUGCUUCUUACUCCCAGCUCCCCCAGCCUGCACACGUGGGCAGCCCACAGCUGCCUGCACACCAGCUGUUUUGCACAUCUUGGCAUUCCUGAGAAGGUGCGUGAUUGUGCCCAGCUCACAACUCUGCGCUGCCUAUAUUCCAAUGUGAAUCCUCCCCUCCAUAGCCCCUUCAAAACGUGCCCCAAGUGCCCAUGAACUAUGCCAGGAAAGGAUGCUUGUGGGCAGUGUCAGCAACACAAGGAGAUACUGUCUGAGAAUGGGCUGUCCCCAGAGAUGGCAGUUUGGGUGUCUGGCUGCUCAGACAGGGACAGCCUGCACUGCCCCAGUCACAGUCUCUGUCUGCAGCAGCGGUACUGGUCUGCUCCUUUCUUGGUUCCUGUGUUGUGUGUGGAAAUACUUAAUAAAGUGUUACAGAAAUCAA